AGAGCUCCAAAGUCCAAACCAAGUACGAAUUUUAUAUAUAAAUAUAGAGAGACCCCAAAUAAAGGCAAGAAAAGUAGAAGAAAAGGAAGAACUCCAAGAAAGUUGUAGAAGAAAAGAACCUCACUGAAAGCAAGAUACCAAAUCUUCAACAAUGGCGGUCUCAUCUAAUCUGACCCAUUUCACCUCCGUCGCUCUCAACGCUCCUCGCACUCUCUCUUCUGCAAUCAAGGCCUCUGUUUGCCCAAUUCCUUUGCACAACGCUUGCACUUCCGGAAACUGGUCGAGCACAAGCCUUUUGAGCAUCCAUGGCUCGAGAAGGAGCAGACCCAUCUCGGUUCAAGCCAUGUCUUCCUCCUUCGGGUCUCGGCUUGAAGAGACCGUGAAGAAGACUUUGGAGGAAAACCCAGUUGUUGUUUACUCCAAAACAUGGUGUUCGUAUUCGACCGAGGUGAAAACGCUGUUCAACAGACUUGGUGUAGAGCCGCUGGUCAUUGAAUUGGACGAGAUGGGUGCCCAGGGGCCACAGUUACAGAAACUUUUGGAGAGGCUUACAGGACAACAUACAGUACCCAAUGUUUUUAUUGGGGGCAAACACAUUGGUGGCUGUUCAGAAACUGUGAAGCUACACAGGAAAGGAGAACUUGAACCUUUGCUGGCAGAAAUCAAAAAUAAAAAGGCACAAAGCUAGCUUGCUGAGCAAAUUUUUGUUUAAAGAUUUCAAUGGCCUUGCAAUAUGACUCCGAACUUGCACAUUUGUAGUUUUAUGUUUCAACUUGCACAUUUGUAGCUUUAUGUUUCAACUUGCACAUUUGUAGCUUUAUGUUUCAUAUAAGAACGCAGUAAGAACCUUAUUGGCUUGAUUUGUUCAUGAUUAAUUGAUAAUCCAAUUUGAUUUGAGAAAA